AUGGUUGAACGCUUUUAUAGCCAACUUAAGGCAGCGAUCAAGUGUCAUCAGACGGAGGCCUGGGUGGAUAUACUUCCAGUUGUUCUCUUGGGGAUUCGUGCGUCUUGGAAAGAAGACCUUCAAGCAACUUCGGCAGAAUUGGUGUUUGGAGAAAGCACCAGGCUUCCCGGACAAUUCCUCGUUGAAACGCAGUCUCCAGAAACUCAGACAAACUCCUGGUUAGAGCAAUUACAGCGAAGCAUGCGAGAGUUGCAACCUCGAAUUCGACGGCAUGGUCAUCAGGCUCCGUUCGUCUUUAAAGACCUAGAAACGGCGAUUCAUGUAUUUGUCAGGCGUAGCAUCCUUUCUGGUGCGCUACAAUCACCUUACAAUGGAUCUUUCAAGAUAACUUCAAGGAACUCUAAGAUUUUCAAGGUACUCAUUCAUGGAAAAGAGGUUACCGUCUCGGCAGAUAGAGUAAAACCGGCCUAUCUUUUUGAAGAAACAAACACUGAACCUCAAACUACUUUAACGAAAGAGACAGAAUUACCAACCAGAACUCGGAGCGGACGGAUUUCAAAACCAACAGUUCGCUUCGCACCGGCUUCGUAA